GCCCCGGGCAGGCGGGCGGCGGAGCACCGGGGCUGGGGGCGGGGAUCCGGGGAGAGCGCGCACCCAGACCUCUUCAUUCCUUACGGGCGUCUAGAAAUUCCCCUGACAGUCCUGCAGACUCUGGCUCCCCUAACCCACCUCUACCCUUUCCGCCCUGGACACACCAUCGCAUCUCCUGGAGCCCUCAGAACCCCCUCACUCGCUCAGCAAAUCUGCUAUGCGCACGGACCCAACAUUUCUCUUGGAUGCCCCCAAAUGCUUCCACUGCCCGGAAAUUCCUAGGAUCCCUCAUAUCCGUAUUCUCCUUGCACUAUCCAAAAUGCCCACAUCCAAAAUUCUUGCUCAUGUUUCCCCAAACGUCCUCAUACGUUUUCAGCCCCCACACCCCAUCUAACUCCUGCCCCUGAUCAUACCUAUCCAAGACCAGAGGCCUCUCGCCAUUUCCACUCAAUGCAGUCCUUCCUCAGUGAGCUAUGUGGUCCAUCCUGAUAUCUUAAGGAGAAGAGAUGGUGAUAGGGAAGUGCAACCCCUCCCCCAUCUUGCACCCUAGAGUUCUUGGUGCCCCCACCCUCCCCCCACCCCGUCUGUGGCUCAAGCCCCAGUAUUUUCCCAGCAACCUGUCUUUAGUCCUUGCACACCUCCCUGAGCCUGCUUCUUCCUUCCAGAAAAUAAGCCAGACCAAGGGGAUGGGGUCCUUUUACCUGGAAGUUGUCCAAGGUUGCAGGGUGCAAGGGGCCCUGGGAAGUAUUGUUUCUCCAGAGCAGGAAUGUGGAAUGUCCAGGGGUCUGCAGGGUCCUGGCUUGUUGACGUGUUUACCUUGGGCUCAGAGGCCCUGAAAUUUUGGCUUACUGUUAACAUUUAUGUUGAAAUUAGACCUUUCAGAGCUUGGGGAGCAGAAAAUCUAUCAAGCUUCCAAAUGCGAAAUUGAAGCAGCCUGUCUUGGAAGAGGAACAUGUCAAUUUUAGUGAUGUUUGUCUUACAUUUUUGCCUUACAAGUUAUUUAAGCUAGAAGCUCCCCAGUUUAUAGAUGGUUUCCCCAAAAACUAAGACCUUAGGUGGGAGUUGGGGGGUUGACUUAAGUCUCCCAGAUACUUAGUAGCAACAAAACUGACCGGAAUAUUGGUUUCCUGAAUCUUAAACCAGUGCUCUCUCUACUAUAUCACAGUGUCCUUUUGAGAAAGCUCUUUGUAGAGUUAAAGUUCUCUGCAAAGGUGAGCCCCAGGUGUAUCCCAGAGGGAUCCAGGUGACUUCUCUGCAGACUGUUUGCCAUGACAGCCCAGCAAGGACAGGGGGAAUAAAGUGGGAACCCUUCCCCAUGCCCUUCCCAAUGGCCUGGGUGAGGGCAGGCUGGCUGCUCUGACACCAUGGGGAGCUGCUGCAGCUGCCUGAACAGAGACAGCGUUCCGGACAACCACCCCACCAAGUUCAAGGUGACAAAUGUGGAUGACGAGGGGGUGGAGCUGGGCUCUGGGGUGAUGGAGCUGACGCAGAGUGAGCUGGUGCUGCACCUGCAUCGGCGUGAGGCCGUCCGCUGGCCCUACCUCUGCCUGCGGCGCUAUGGCUAUGACUCCAACCUCUUCUCCUUUGAGAGUGGCCGCCGAUGUCAGACAGGUCAGGGAAUAUUUGCAUUUAAGUGUUCCCGGGCUGAGGAAAUCUUCAAUCUCCUUCAGGAUCUGAUGCAGUGCAACAGCAUCAAUGUGAUGGAAGAACCUGUCAUCAUCACCCGCAAUAGCCACCCCGCUGAGCUUGACCUCCCUCGAGCUCCCCAGCCACCCAAUGCUCUAGGCUACACUGUCUCCAGCUUUUCCAAUGGCUGCCCUGGAGAGGGCCCACGAUUCUCAGCUCCCCGGCGGCUCUCAAUGAGCAGCCUACGGCACCCCUCGCUUGGGGAAGAGUCCACCCAUGCCCUCAUUGCUCCUGAUGAGCAGUCCCACACCUAUGUCAACACACCAGCCAGUGAAGAUGACCACCGCAGGGGCCGCCACUGCCUGCAGCCCCUGCCUGAGGGUCAGGCGCCCUUCCUCUCGCAGGCCCGGGGUCCUGACCAACGGGACCCACAGGUGUUCUUGCAGCCAGGCCAGGUGAAGUUUGUGUUGGGCCCGACCCCUGCUCGGCGGCACAUGGUGAAGUGCCAGGGCCUCUGUCCCAGCCUGCAUGACCCCCCACACCACAAUAAUAACAAUGAGGCCCCUUCCGAGUGCCCAGCCCAGCCCAAGUGCACCUACGAGAACGUCAGUGGGGGGCUGCGGCGAGGGGCCGGCUGGAGACUGAACCCAGAGGAGCCGGGCUGGAAUGGCCUUGCCCACCGCCGGGCCGCCCUGCUGCACUAUGAGAACCUGCCCCCGCUGCCCCCUGUGUGGGAGAGCCAAGCCCAGCAGCUGGGAGGGGAGGCUGGGGAUGAUGGGGACUCAAGGGAUGGGCUCACACCCUCUUCCAAUGGUUUCCCUGAUGGUGAGGAGGACGAGACCCCACUGCAGAAGCCCACCAGCACCCGGGCCGCUAUCCGCAGCCAUGGCAGCUUUCCUGUGCCACUGACCCGCCGCCGCGGCUCCCCAAGGGUCUUCAACUUUGAUUUCCGCCGGCCGGGGCCCGAGCCCCCAAGGCAACUUAACUACAUCCAGGUGGAGCUAAAGGGCUGGGGUGGAGACCGCCCUAAGGGGCCCCAGAACCCCUCGAGCCCCCAAGCCCCCAUGCCCACCACCCACCCUGCCCGAAGCUCAGACUCCUACGCCGUGAUUGACCUCAAAAAGACAGUGGCCAUGUCCAACCUGCAAAGAGCUCUGCCCCGAGACGACGGCACCGCCAGGAAAACCCGGCACAACAGCACCGACCUGCCUCUGUAGGGACGUCCCGGUCCUCACCACCCUCUGCCCCACCGUGAUCCAGCCUCUGCCUCACACUCCUGUCCUCUGAACCUACCCUCCCCAGGGUUCAGGGUUGCUCUGCAGAAGGCAUGGAGGUGGGACCCGAUGCUUCCCUGUGCUGGCUGGAGUCCCCAGAGAUGUCAGCCUCCGAGUCUCCUGGUCUGUCUCCAGGCUGGGGAGAGAAGGGUGACCAGGCGAGGAGGGAGCCGAGACAUCAACUGUGAAGGGUUCCUGUGAUUGCGUUUAGCACCCUCCCGUUCUGUCCGUUUGUCUUGUCUGCUGACUGUCCGUGUGUGUUUUUUUUGGUUGGAAUUUUGAAACAUUUUGUACCUGUUGAUUUUAUUUAUCAGUUUAUUUUUCUAUUUAUUGUUUUAAAUGUAAUUUAACAUAUUUAUUAUUAAUAUAAUUAUUUUUAAAUUCUGGCCCAGUGGAUA